AUUAUAGCAGAAAGAGUUAAGGAUAACAAGAAGGCUCCACAAACAACAAAACCAUGGCAACAUGAAAGCGAAAAAGCCUUUUUCCCAGCAAAAGCGUAGAGAAAACACACACCCAUACCAACUUUCUCAUAUUUUAUUUUUCUUAUCAUCUUUCCUUUUUAUUCCAAAAUUUCCAAAUAUCAACAACAGAAAAAACAUCCCAUGAUUUGGUGAUGAAGAUCAUUACAUUAAGUUUCUUAAUCUGCUUGUUCUCUAAACUCCAAGGUCACUGCAAAUCAGAUAUCAACCUCGGUUUUACUCUGCCACUCUCUGCUCCUAUAGAAUACGCUCCCGGAUUUAUUGGCAAAGCUUAUAUAAUGGAGACAGAAACAUCAUCAAGAAGAGAACCAAGUUUCAAAGCCGCAUUAACGAUGGAGUCAAGCGAGUAUAAGGGACGAUAUUUAUGCUCUAUCCAAGUUUUCUUUGGAGAUGUAAGAGUUUGGAGUUCAGGACACUACACAAAGAUGUAUGUUUCUAACAAAUGCAUCUUCGAGCUAACAGAAGAUGGAGACAUGAGGUUAAAGAGUAGCAAUAAGCACGUUGGAUGGCGAAGUGGAACCUCAGGACAAGGCAUUGAGAGGUUGGAGAUACAAAGCACAGGGAAUCUAGUUUUGCUUGAUGCUAUAAAUAUGAUCAAAUGGCAAAGUUUCAACUUCCCAACAGAUGUGAUGUUGAGUGGUCAGAGACUAGACGUGGCUACGCAACUAACUUCAUUCCCAAAAGACUCGACUAUGUUCUACUCUUUUGAAGUCCUACGUGUCAAGAUUGCUCUGUUCCUCAACUUGGACAAGCUCAAGUACUCUUACUGGGAGUACAAACCUACAGAGAACAAAACAGUCAACUUCGUGAGGUUAGGGCCAAAAGGUCUCGACAUAUUUGAUGAUAACAGCCAUAUAAUAGGGAGAAUAGAGCAGCCUAUGACCAGGUUCUUGGCUAUUGGGAACAUAACCGGUAAUCUAGGUCUUUACUCGUAUAAACCGGACAAGGGAAAAUUCGAGGCAACGUUUCAAGCCUUGAGCAACACGUGUGAUCUUCCAGUAGCGUGUAAACCAUAUGGAGUCUGCACAUCUUCCAAGUCUUGCUCUUGCAUCAAAGUGAUGAGCAGCGGAGACUGCAACAGCAGCGAGGAGGAAUGGCUUUCGAUGAAGAGGCUAUGCGAUCACGACAUGGUGGAGCUAGAAGGAGUCACGACAGUGCUGAGAAACGGUACAGAAGCGAGGAACGUGAGCAAAGAGAGAUGCGAGGAGUUGUGUAAGAAAGACUGUGAGUGCAGAGGGGCGAGUUACUCUGCCGCUGAAGAGAGCUGUGUUAUGUAUGGGGUUGUGAUGGGUGUUAAGGAGAUCGAGAGAGGGAGUGGGUUGAGUUAUAUGGUGAAGGUACCAAAAGGAGUGAGGUUGGGUGAUGAGAAGUCUAAUGUGAGAAAAUGGGUUGUGGGAUUAGUUGGAGGGAUUGAUGCGCUUGUCAUAUUGCUGCUUCUGUCUGGUUUUGGUUUUUAUUACAUUCGGAAAAGACGGAAGAGCUUAUCACAGCCACUACAGCCGCAGCUGCAGGAAGAGCCCAUUGCAGAAUAGAUUUUAAGAGUUGUAUUGCACAUGCAGACUUUGAUACCAUUUUUAUAGGUCGUCAUAUUAACUAUGUAUUGAUAUCAAGUUGUAGAAAAUCUUGUUUUUUUUUUGAAGUUUGUAUUCCAAAGAAAUUGUAGUGGUGAAGGGAAGAAAGAUGUAUUGGAUAACCGCAAAUUAAACUCAACAAGCUAGAAAUUAGAGAGGCAUUGGAUUGAAACAAAACAUCUUUGUUG